CGUCCUUCUUGUUGUUCUUGUUGUUGUUGUUGUUGUUGUUGUUGUUGUUGUUGUUGUUCUCUUGUUCUUGUUGUUGGUGAUAUAUUGUGUGAAAUUAAUUACUAAGAUGGCAAGGGAGAAGAUAAAAAUAAGGAAGAUUGACAACGCCACUGCAAGGCAAGUAACCUUCUCAAAGAGAAGAAGAGGGUUGUUCAAGAAGGCGGAGGAGCUUUCUAUCCUUUGUGAUGCUGAGGUUGCUCUCAUCGUCUUCUCGGCCACUGGCAAACUCUUUGAGUUCUGCAGUUCAAGCAUGAAAGAUGUCAUCGAAAAACAUCGUAUUCGUUCAAAUGAGGGAACAAGUUCAGAUCAACCUGCUCUUGACUUUCAGUUAGAGAAUAGUGACUUUGCAAGAUUGAGCAAACAAGCUGAAGAAUCAAAUCAUCAACUCAGACAAUUGAAAGGAGAAGAGCUUCAAGGCUUAACAAUUGAAGAACUACAUAAAUUGGAAAAAAGUUUGGAAACAGGACUUAGUCGUGUGCUUGAACGAAAAGGUGCUCAGAUCAUGGAACAAAUUGAUCUCCUUCGAAGAAAGGGAGUGCAGUUGAUGGAGGAAAAUAUACAGUUACAACAACGUGUGAUUGAAAUUUCGAAGGCCGGGAAGCAGACAAUUGUUGAUACAGAAAAUCCCGUCUUUGAAGACGGGCAAUCCUCUGAAUCUGUCACUACUGCUGUACAGUCUGGAGGGCCUCAAGAUUACGAUGAUAGCUCCGAUACAUCCCUCAAGUUAGGGCUCUCAUGCUCUGGUUGGAAGUGAAGAUUAAAAAUCUCUUUUAAUUUAUUCUGAAACUAUGUAUAAAAUCACUAUGAAAUGCAAAGAAUGGAAAGCACUAUGAAAUGAAAUACCAAUCAGACAAUAACUGAAUGAACAUGAGAAAACACAACUGGAAUUCAUUUCUGCAGUUUCCAUGUUUGGGAAAGAAAAAAAAAGUAUUUAUAUUUAAUUAUUAUGAAUUGGACA